AUGGCGUACAAGAUCUUGCACAGGAAAUGGCUGCUGCGGCCAUGGAUGUGGACGCUCAUGCCGCUCGAGCUAGCCGGCCUCGUCCCGCUCCUCGUCCUGUUCGGCAUCGCGCAGCCGGACCUCUACAGGACCAAGCUCUGGGAGAUCGGGCACGCAUACGGCUUCAACUCGAACCCAAAGAUGAUUCUCUACGCGUACGCAAACUACGAGCCGUAUCCCAAAGUCCCUUUUGUAUGGACACGAACACUCACAGACUUCAACGUCGCCAUCUCCGUGAUCACCCUCUUCCUACUCCUCACCAAGCUCGUCGCCUUCAUCAUGAAGUUCUGGCUCCCGGUCCUGGCCGUCUUCAUCAACGUCGCCAUGGCCGUCCUCUACACCGUCUCCGUUUACGGCCAGAUGGGGCCCGAUCACGCCGACCCGCGCUACCCUUCCUCCAUUGCCUGGUAUAUCAGCAAGUCGUGCAACUACGCCCAGCCUUUUAAAGCCUACAAGAGCUGCCAGCUCGCAAAGGGCACCUUUGCCGUCACAGUGUACAUGCUCGCGCUCUACCUCGCCAAUCUCGGCAUCGCACUGUACGUCUGCUGGCCCAACGCCGGGGACAAGGUCGACGAUGAGGAUGAGGAUGGAAAGGGUAGCGAUAGCGGGAGCUCGCCGGUGGACUAUGCCAAGGAGGGGAGUGAGUGGGAGAUGAGGGAUUGGCAUGCCAAGGGGCCUGCGAGCCCGAGGGUUGUGCCAUAUACGCCGAGGACGCAGGCGUUUCAUACUCUCGAUAGGAAGUUGCCGUUGAGGCAGCAGUAUAAUUAA